AUCCUGGAGAUGCACGAUAUGACGUGAAGUCGUCUGCAUUGCGUGCAGUUGCGAUAAUCAUGCGGAAAAAUCGACUUUUCAAAAACCUCGUAUUCCGAACUUCCAUAGUUCAGGAAAUGGACGAAGGUGAAUCGGCUUACUGUUAUACCAAACUCCGCGAACUGCCAGAAUCCGGUAGAGUGUAUGUCUAUGGUGUGGUUCGAUCUAUAACAGAUUCUGACUUUGGUGGUCAGCUAAUCGAAAUACAAGAUGAAGAUGCUAGUGCACUUGUUAAAGUUGCAAAAGCAUCUUCCAAUUACUUCAACGACUUGCAAGUUGGUGACGUCCUACGAUUACAUCGAACGGAAAUUGGAUCUUAUCAGAACAAUCCAGCUCUUUUGGUGAAUAUACAUAACUUUGGAUGCCACGCUGUUGCUUGGCGAGGACAAUCCGAUGUACCUCAUAUUGCUACUUCGAAAAAGUACACUUUGAAUAAAAGUGAUCUGUCUCGGCUGGCUGCUCUUCGUAAGCUGAACACGACACAAGACGAACAUGCAACAGAGGCAGGAACGUCUGCACGGGCAAUACAGGAAAGAGAAUUAGGCGAGGACAUUCCUGUUAAUAGAAUGAUAGAUGAGCCUGUUGUUGUAGAACCAACGUCAAGCAGAUCGCCCGCUAAAAAGAAGUUGCGCUCUUCUGACAACAUUGCGAAUGCUCUAGAUAUUCCCAAGCUUGGCAAGAAGUUUUUCAAUUGGUAUGCCCAGGUCCUUGGUGUAUAUAAAGGAAAAGGAGAACCAUUCACAGUCUUUCUGAGAGUUUGGGAUGGAACAACGCCAAAAUUUCCAUCAUAUCGAAAUAUGUUCCACGCAGAUAAGGACUCUAUCGACACUAUUUAUUGUGAGAUCCCUCUACACCUCCACUUUAUGAUCGAAACUAGCGUCAUUGACGUAUGCUGUUACGGUGAUUGGGCGAAGAAGGCAUUGUCUGUUCAGGUUAAUGAUGUGGUUUAUCUCUGUAACAUUCGGAAUUACACUUCAUCAACUAAUGGCAUAUCGGCGAUAACCAUGCAUGAGGGAGGAUUGCAGUAUGGGCGUGCCUUGGAAGUUCUCGACAAAAGCGAUCCGAAACAUUUUGAAAUCUCGAAGCAAUGUGCGGAUACACUGUCGCGCUAUCUAGGCGCAUCUACAGAGCAGCAAAAUUCUAGUUCAGUCGUAAACAUGACACCUAUCCUACCUGAAAACGUGCUCGCUCAGUCUACUCCUCUUUUUUCUAAAGAUGAUGCAACGUCUGAAGCUGUCAGCGAAUGUGGAAGGAGACUGGGAGAAUUGCAAGAUGCCAAUGAUUUUAGCGAUUAUCGGGAUGAGCCAAGAAGUUCACAUGAUCCUGAUGAGGUGCUAGCACCUGACACUCCUCUAGAAGAACUACAAAGCGCUAGCGGAAAUGUAAUGGAAUUGAGCAGUGUGUCCUCUGAGGAGGAAUGUGAUUUGGAACUUGACCUCAUUGCUACUAGAAAGCAGUCACAUAGACUGGAAUCCCCAUCACCUAAAAGAAAACGCACAAGCGUUGAGACUGCCAUUGGGGUUGCUGUUGAUGCGGAGCAGGAGCAAAUUGGCGGAAAAGAACCAACGUUAGAGUCCGUUCAAACGUCCGAGCCAUCAACUUCAAUGCAACCGCUGCAAAAGGACUUGUCUUCACAGCAGCGGACCACCCACGGGGGCACUCCCGCAUCUGGCUCUCCAAAACGCAUAAUUAUUGAUUCCGAUGAAUGGGAAUCACCAGACGAACAAACUUCUGAGACUGUUCAGCGCGGGAUUACAGCUGUUCAUGUAAAAGAGCAGCCAAGUGCUGUGUAUGAGAAGGAUUUACUAGCUGCCCUGGAAAAGGACGAACCUUUUGAAAAUUUGAAUGCAGAUGUUGCAUUGGUCAGCAAGAUACGAGACAAUUUCUUCCAUUUUGCACUGGAAAGAAAACUGGAGAAGCCGGAAAAGUCAGUAGUAUCCACUUAUGAGCUGGAAGAUGAGCUCGAAGAGAUACUAAAGCAGGAAAUUGGGGAUUGUAUAUGUUUUGUGAAUCCUAUUGAAGCGAGCGUAAAAACCAUGCAAGAGUUGGAUUAUCUACGUCGUGCGAUAAUAUUCACAGCAAGAUGCUUGAUCUGCGACUACGAGUUUAUUGUUGAAAAAGGCACCAAGACAUGGUGUGUGAAGUGUUAUAGCGAGAGGAAACGCCUGUCACAGGUUGUGCAUUCGUAUCGAAUCACACUUCCAUGUGUUUAUCAACGAAAGUCCGGAGGUUCAGCUCAGUUGCUUUUGGAAGUUGCCAGAGAGAUAUGGGCCAGCUUCCCUAACAGCCGUAAUCUUUUCUCGGUUGACCAAAUAAUGGAGCUGUAUCUGGAAGAAGAUUUGAAGAAAUUCGUGCCUAAAUUGAAUCAUAUGGUCCGAUUUGCGGAGGCGGUGGUAAAAAGUAGGAGGAUUCAAGUGCUUGAUGCCAAAAUUCACUCCAUAUGCAGAACUACUGGAAGUUUGACACUUUUCGUCAAUAGAUGCAAGUUUAGAUUAAAAAACAGCUAAAAGAAAUUUUUUAUCACUUGUAAUAUAAUUUGUUGAUGUCGCUAAAUGUACGGGUUCCUUUUAUCUCAUCAUCUCGUUUUUUCACUUAUAUUGCGCUAAUCUCCACUCUAUCUCGACUUUUCUCUCCCUACUUGUGAACAUCAGAAUAACCAGAAGUAAACGACUUCCUUUUACUGGAUUAUUUAGUUAUCUCGAAAAGUGUUUAGAAGCCUAAAAAUGCGCGUUUUGUGAUUUUUUUGUGCACUUGUUGUAUUCAAUUUUGCUUUACAGAAUCUCAUGAUG